AACGAGGAGGUGGUCAGGGACUUUGCCUAUCGCGCGAUGCACACGGGCGUGAUCGUGGGAAAGGAGGUGACGGCGGGGCUGUACGGCAAGGCGCACAGCAAGUCCUACUACCUGGGCUGCUCAACCGGCGGACGUCAGGGGUUCAAGGCGGUGCAGGAGUAUGCCGACGACUUUGACGGCGUCGUUGCAGGCGCUCCGGCCCUUGACUUUACCAACCUGAUCAACUGGUCCGGCAGCUUCUACGGCAAGACGGGAGCGCCAAACUCGACGACGUUUCUGUCGACGGAGCAGCGCUUCCUGGUCAACGAGAUGGUGCUGGCGCAGUGCGACGCGCUGGACGGCAGCGUGGACGGGCUGAUUGAGGAUCCGUCGCUGUGCAAUCCCCGACCUGAGGCACUCAUCUGUAGUACCACCACCACCAGCAGCACAGACUGUCUGAGCAGCGCCCAAGUAGCCUCUGUCCGCGACCUCUUCUCGCCUCUCUACGGGCAGAACGGCAGUCUGCUCUACCCACGACUGGAGCCGGGAGCGGAUGCGUUUGCGCCAGGCGGACUCGGCUUGAUCGUCAACGGCAGCCCGUUCCCCUACACGGUGGACUGGUACCGCUACGUCGUCUACAACGACGCAACCUUUGACGCCGGCAAGCUGACAGCCGCCGACUACGCGGCAUGCAACGCAAAGACGCCCUACAUCUCGACGUGGAAGGGCGACCUGACUGCCUUCCAGCAGCGCGGCGGAAAGGUGCUGACCUAUCACGGCACCGUCGACAGUCUCAUCUCGCUCGACAACAGCGCGCGAUACUACGAGCACGUGUCGCGCACGAUGAGCCUGCCGUCCAGCGCGCUCGACCACUUUUACCGCUACUUUCGCAUCUCCGGCAUGGCGCACUGCAGCGGAGGCCCGGGGGCGUGGCAGAUUGGAAACCAGGCGGUUGGCAACGCGACACUCGAGGCCGAGGGCAACGUUCUCAUGGCCAUGGUGCGGUGGGUGGAGGAGGGCGUGGGGCCAGAGACGGUUACGGGGACAAAGUUUGUGAAUGAUAGCAAGGUGCUCGGGGUUGAGUUUCGGCGGCGGCACUGCAGAUAUCCGCAGCGCAAUGUGUUUCAGGGCGGAGAUGCAAAGUCGGCGGACAGCUGGAGGUGCGUGUGAG